AUGUUAAAACGACCCAAAGAUAGCUGUUCCAGUAGUUGUUUCGGAUCCACCUGCGCAGCAGCGGUGCCGGAUUCUCUGUGCGAGCCAAAGCCUGUCAGACAGAACAAUAGUUCAACAGCAACUAAAGCCAGCACCGCCGCACGGCCCGAGCCUGUUGCGCAGGAAGCUGCUAUCAUCACGUGCUCGAGCGACCCAGACAGAACGCACGGGACGGUCGCACCGGAAGAUGAGGACGACGGCUUGGCAAUACGAAAGCUCAACAGCAUGGAUCGAACAGACGAUAUGGAUUUAGCAUCGACAACCGGAACAAUAAACAAGAAUAUCAACGGAGAAAAAAUAAACCGACCACCCGACCUGGCUCCGGAAACCAGCCCGGACUCUACUACUUCUAACCGACUACAGAGAGACGCAACGGCCGAGGGAUGCAGCUCCUGCUUCUCGUUUCUCAGCACUGCCGCCGCAAGCACAACGAGACACGGCUGCACGGAGAAAGAUCGCAGUACGCUGACGGACAUCCUAAGGCGAGUGGGGCAAAGCACAGCAAAAUCAAAGCAGAAUGCUGGUUUUCGGAAGAAAAGUGGAAAUAAUAAAGAGACCAAGCCCCAACGGCAGCGAACGAGCAUCAAGAAGAGCAAGUCUCUAUUGCGGCCGGACCGGGUAGGAGACAGCGAGGACGUGAAGUUUGUCUUUGAAGAAGACGAAGAAAUGACGCCACGGCACGACGACCGCAGACGCGGUGGCAUAUUCAAGAGACACAAUGCUGGAAGGGUAAGUAGAUGGGCUGACGCUGAAGAUGUAGACGAGGAUAACAUCGGAACCAGUACUCGGAACCACGAACAAAGUGCAGCGGAUGGGGACGAAAGUUCCUCUUCAUCAAGUGAAGAUGCAGAGAAGAAGGUUGAUAUCAAGCAGACUCAGAACUGGUCGGAGGAGGAUGCCAGGUUCAAACUUCUCCCUUUUAGCUCCGGCGAUUUUCGCCACUACAUGUGCGAUUUCAUGGAGGCAGCCUGGGAAAACAUUUUUGGCGAUUUCGGCGACGACGAAACCCUGGGGCCGGAGCUGCUGGGCGGAACGCGGAAGUCGCAUCUAGACAAGUUGCGGAGUCCCGAUACCUGGGCGGGCAAUCUGGAAAUAUGGGCGCUGACCAAACUAUGGCCGCAGGUAGGGUACGUACAACUAGCGGCACGUGUUUUUGGAUGUCGUGGUUUCAUUCUCGUCGUCGUUUCACUUUCAGCAUGAGGAUUGAUGCUCCGUCUCAAUAAAUGGCCCUCUCACUGAAAAAUAGUUUUACUGUACUACGUGUACAAACUGUCUACAGAUUCGCGUUGAAGUGGUUGACCACUGCACUGGCGGGUCGCUUUUUUUCCCGGAUGACGAAUCUGGAAGAGACGUCAACCUGCCCAUUCUCCACGUGGGCAACCACUACGAUGCCGUGGUUGACCCGGAAAAGUUGCUGGAAAGCCUCCUGCCGCUGGAAACGCGGACGGCCGCGACUCUGAUCGAGAUCUUGCAGGCUUUGAACGAGGACGAAUACUUCUGUAAUCUUCGCGAAGCCGUCCGGCAGCACGGAAGUGCGCCAAGUAGUAAGUCCGCCAGCGACUGGAUCUUGAACCAACACGUCUCCGGCCGCAUCGCGCCCUUGCCGCGCAGGAAGCAGGAGGUGGAGGCAAAUAAGCCAGUGUCGGACCACUCGGACGGAACCGCAGACUCGCAGAGCGCGGGCGCCAACUCGGGCGGGGACGAGACCAGCUCGUCCGGCGCAGUCGGCGACGUGCAACCGGUGAAACGGUUCUACCGGCACCGCCGAAACGGUUCGGUCGACUGGUCGCCGCCUCCGCCGCCAGGAAGACCGGACGAAAGAAAAGAGCCCUUGCCUCCGCCGGUCGACCCUCCGACGCUCGGGAGCCGGACCAAGCACAAAUACCGGAAGGUACAUCUAGCGACUUUACCAACGAUCCCCUCGGGGGAAACGUGGCAAGAGAUGCUACCUCCAGACACGGUCCCGAGCACCCCGAACACCAGUACAGACAGUAACGUGACGAUGGAACACGUUGUCGCCGACGCGAUUCAGGCGGGUGCGGAAGCGCGAGCGCGAGCGGCAGAGAUUGCCGGACUGAACGAAAAUUACCAGGGCAGAAAAGCAGCUGCUGGAACAUCCCCCGCUGGUGCAGCUCCCUCGUCUAGCCAAGAUAACAGAGAACUCGAGGCGGAGAAGCUGGCUCUCACGUUGGGGAUUGAUCCGAAUGAUCAAGAAUUCAAAAAACGGUGGAUAGAGGAUGUGGAUGCCGGGCUGCUAGGCAUACUUGCGGAUGACGAAGCGGAACAGGAUUUAGCCUCCGUGUGCGACGUGGUCGGGAUCCCGCUGGGGUCGGCGGACCGGCUUCUGUCCCCGACCUCCUCCCUGCACAAUAACGCGCCCUCGGGGUCGUCUUUGUCUCCGACCUCGCCGGUUGUGCUGCUUGACGAUGUGCUGGAAGUGCCUUUUGAUAAGCGAGACGAGAUGGACGCCGAAACGGUGGAGUCGGAUGGUGAUGAAAUAAAUGCAGAGCCUAGAAGAAUUAUGUCGCCCCGACUCAUUGAUCCUUUUCUCUCAAAUCCGGAGUUUGACAAAGAACAGGCUCGGACCAAUCUGGCCGCGGCCGCACGGUCGGCGGUGCAACUUUCGACGUCUUCGGGUUCAUCCUCAACGACAGCCGGAACAACCACUGGGACGACUAGCAGUGCCGACAACUCCCCCUCUCGAGCGGCUGCUGGGCAACAGUUGUUAUUGGAGGCGUUGGAGUGCGGUCCUGGUCCAUGCGCUCAUCCUCCGACGCAAACGGGGACGAAAACCUUGCGAGAAAUUGUUGGUCCUCUACCACUGCCACCCACGACGACGAUUACAGUUACUACGACUCCUGCAAAAAUGCAAAGUUACUUCGAAGAGUGUUGCAACUGCAGCACAAAUCUUGUGACUGGUGCAACAGCUCCUGCUGACAGGGAGUCGUCAUCUCCCUCAUCUUCCUCUCCGGCUACGACCAGACCGAAGGAGACAAGAAUCGGCAGUGACGUAUUUUUUGAAACUAAGCCUGGGAUUCCAGACACGCCCAGGAUAUCGGAAGAAGUAAACAACUGGUGGGGCCACUUGACCAGCCGCAUUCUUGCCGACGCCUACGCCGUGCGCGAUAUUCUGGAGCGCCGGAACCGUUUGAGGGCGAGGGAGAGGCGAGCUUCGGCGUCGAUGUGGCGAGGUUCCUCGGGGUACGAUUUCUCCCCCGAGUUGAACUUCGUUUUCGGAGGACACAGGACGAUUUGAUGCUGCUAUGCCGAUAUUUUUUCAUGGACUUAGUAUGUAUCUAUCCUAUUCUUCUCUUCAUCCUCUGCGCGGCUUUCCAAGACGCGGCUUGGCACUUGAGUGCGGUUCUUCGACUCUUGCGUUUAUUUGAGAAUAGAGUGUAGAUGAAGUUGCUCAUAAAGUAUUUAUGAAUUCGAGGACUCUUGUUGUGCUUGGCACUUAGCGUAUGUGCAGAAUCUUAGUAUUAGUAUUGUGGUGCUGAGGACCUCUGAUAUCUUUCGGAUUCCGAAAAAGAACACGCGGACGUGGAGCUUAGCUCGGAAAUGAAACGUCGCAUUCAAGUCGCC